UUUUGGAGCAGGGCGCGGGGCCGGACACAGCGGAGGGAGCGCGGAGACCCCCCCUCUCCGCCAUGGCAGCCCCGCUCGGUACCGGCGCCUUCACGGAGGAGACCGGGCAGGAGAAACAGGAAUCCUAAAAGCUCCCCAGGAUACCCAAAAUUCUGCUUGGAAUUAUUGAAAAUAGGAGCCCCAAAUCCUACCUGAGAUCCUCCAAAAUGCUUCCCAGGAGCCCAAAAUCCUCUUGAUGAUCUGGAAAUCAUCCCCUGGAUCUCCAAAUCCUAACUGGAACCUUCCCAGGAGACCCCAAAUCCUACCUGGGACCCCCCAGAAUCCUCCAGCAGAACGUUCAAGUUCUACCAGGACACCUAAAUAUCCUCCCUGGGACACUCAGGAGAAGGACAAAGCCAUCCCCCCCGAGAGGGCAGAGGAGGCCAAGCUCAAGGCCAAAUACCCCAACCUGGGCCAGAAGCCUGGAGGCUCCGAUUUCCUGAUGAAGAGGCUGCAGAAAGGGCAAAAAUACUUCGAUUCUGGCGACUACAACAUGGCCAAGGCGAAGAUGAAGAACAAGCAGCUGCCAAGUGCAGGGCCUGACAAGAACCUGGUGACAGGAGACCACAUCCCCACGCCCCAGGACCUGCCACAGAGAAAGUCCUCACUGGUCACCAGCAAGCUGGCAGGGUAGCCUGCACUCCCAGCUGGGGCUGCCCUCUUUUUGUCUCUUUUCUUUUGGCUAAAUGGAUUGAACUUCACUGUACCAUAGGGACGGGAGCACCAGAA